CCACUUCAAGUCGCAGCCAGGAAAUUGUGGUUGCCUAGCAAGUUUUUCAUCCACGGUGCAAAGUUUGGAGACGUGUUGCUUCGGCUGUUGUUUGUGAACUCACUGCAACUGUUUGUACACUUUUUUUCCCCUCCAUCGAGGCCCAGUUGGCAGCACUGACCGUGCAAGAUGUCCGUCGCGGGAUUUAAGAAGCAAAUUUAUAAAGCCACUCAGAUGAUGAGUGAGAAGGUUGGGGGUGCCGAGGGAACCAAGCUGGAUGAAGACUUCAAGGACCUUGAAAGGAAAGCGGAUGUAACCAGCAAAGCAUAUCUGGAAGUCAUCAAUAAAACGUCCGAGUACCUCCAGCCCAACCCGACCACCAGGGCCAAACUGACCAUGCUCAACACCAUGUCCAAAAUCCGAGGGCAGGUGAACAGUCCGGGCUACCCCCAGCCCGAGGGCCUCCUGGGGGAGUGCAUGUGCAAGUACGGUGUAGAAAUGGGCAGCGACAGCAACUUUGGUGGGGCUCUCUCAGAAGUAGGAGAGGUGAUGAAGCAGGUGUCCGAGGUGAAGGACUCCUUUGAUAUUGAUGUGAAGCAGAAUUUUCUUGAUCCUCUGCAGGCGGUUGCUGAGAAGGACAUCAAAGAAAUUCAGCACCACCUGAAGAAGCUGGAGGGCCACCGUUUGGAUUACGAUUAUAAGAAGAAGCGUCAGGGUAAAAUUCCAGACGAAGAGAUCAGACAGGCCCUGGACAAGUUCCACAAGUCCAAGGAGUCGGCUGAGUGCAGCAUGCACAAUCUGCUGGAGACGGAUGUGGAGCAGGUGACUCAGCUGUCUGCCUUUGUGGAGUCUAUGCUGAAUUACCACAAACAGGUCUCAGAGAUCCUGGAGGGGCUCUCUGCAAACCUGAAAACAAGGGUAAUUGAGGCCGAGUCUCGUCCAAAGAAUGUAUACACUCCCAAGCCCAGACCAUCCUUCGACGAUGGGCAAGUAGAAAACUCCAAUGGGGGAUACUCCUCAUCAGCGUCAAGCCCCACAGCUUACUCUCCUGCCUCAACACAUUUUCCAGGUCAGCCCUUCCAAAGAAGCUCCUUCAAGAGCAGGCAGUCCGAGCCUUGCUGUAAAGCCCUGUAUGACUUUGAGCCUGAGAACGACGGAGAGCUGGGCUUCCACGAGGGCGACAUCAUCACCUUGCUCAGCCAAAUCGACGAGAACUGGUUCGAAGGAAGCAUCGGCGGAAGAUCGGGGUACUUCCCCAACAACUAUGUUGAAGUGAUGGUGCCUCUGCCACACUGAAAAGGCAAGAGGGGAAACAACGAGGGCUUAAAGGGUGGAUUAUAGAGGACUGUCGACUCCACAAACAACCCAAAAAUAUAUAUUUUAUCUUUGUUAAAGCCUAAACAUGUCAAGACAGUGACCUCCUUUUGAGUAAGGGCAACCUAAUAUAUUCAAAACACGGUGACAGUUGUGGAAUCACAAAUAGGACGACAACAUUUGGGUGCAUUUUAAUUACGCUCAGUCUUUGUAGUCAUUCUGUAUGCACCUAUGCACUUUGCACACUACACCUCUAUCACCGGGGACGAAGAAAGACCGAGGAAGACUAUCAUCUCUAACACUUGUCCAGCAGUAACUGGAAACACUAAAAAUUGCAACUCCAUUUUCUAUUUUUAUGAUCUUAUUUUUGUAUUCUCAAAAAGGCACGCCGUGCUUAGUGCGGAGUUAAAAAUGGUACUACACAUAUGUACGUAUAUGCACGCAUUCGUCUAGAGCACUACACUCCCAUUUUCAGUCUCUGCCUUCGUGUUUUUGUACUGUUGUCACGAACUUGUAGGAAUCAACAUGGAGGAGUGGCUGCCUUUUGUUUCUGUGUAGGAUAAUCCUCCACUGCCCUCUGGUGGUAUGAGGGAGGGAUUUUUUUUUCUUUUUCUCUCCCUUGAUUUGAGUCUUGAAGCCGUGAUGUCUCUUCUGAUAGGUGGCUUAUCCAAUGCAAACACGUUUCCAAAGAAAAUUGACGAACGGCAGACUUAUCAGUGGCCACAUGGGUCUGUGAUUACACCAUUAUGCUGUUACAUUAUCACACGUAGACAGUCGCUAAGUUGUCAUUGAUUCAAUUUACCAGCAACUUUUAAACAUUCAGAUUUAUCAGCAAUACAAAAGAAAGCCAAAGAAAGGUUGCCCACAUCUUAAAUGAUAAAUAACUCCUUCGUUUUUUCUAUUUUUUCAUAACAUAUUUUAUGUAUCUUGACAUACAAAGUAAUUUAAACAUUUGGGACAAUUUUAUGCAACGGCAAUUUAUCUCCAGCUCAGAUUUUCUUCAGCUAGCCACCAAAGCCAAGGCCACAUGUCCUGUAGUUGCUCUGUUUUCUCAGGCUGUAUUGAUACUGCUGGCAGUGUCGCUCACAAUGUUUUGUUGGAUUGUUUGUUGAUAAAUUCCCCCCUCCCUCGCUGCUUGAGUAAGCUUGGCUUGUGUACUCUAACCUAUAAUUCGGAGCAUGGAAAUUAUCCUGAUGUGUCCUUGCUGGGGUUUUGUUAUUUUUGUUUUGUUUUGUUUUUUUUCUUUUUUUUUUGGUACCUGCCUCAGUGUUUAGGCUGAAAGUGUGUAUCAGUCCUGAUAGAAACCGCUUGUUCCCAGCAAUUGUAUACUUAGAUCAACAAAUAAAGAGGAAGGUCUGUACACAAUAGCUGGUUUCACUUCCAAUCAAGCCAUUUACAACCAAACUAUGAACUGUCAGGGCUUGUGCUCUUCACUAAAAUACAAAGUUUCUACUCUUGUCAUGAUCCCCUUGUUAGACCGCCCCUCACUCUCCUCAUUUUUCCCCCAUGUCUUUUUAAACCGGGAGUGGAACAGACAGGUCUUUUCAGCUGGGAUGGGCACCCAGCAGUGGAUUAUGCCCUCCCCCCACCAGUCUUUAUUCACCACCUGCCCCUUACCCCUGCCCCCCUCUCAUUAUCUGUCCAAUCCUAAACCCGCGGUGCCUCUGGAGCUCGGCCUCCUGGUCCACUCUUGGAAUAAUAUCCUCAUUGCUGUCACAGUGCGUACCUCUUAAUAGCAUGCUUGCGUCUCUCCUCUUUUAUUCAUGGUACAUUCCGGACCAGAGGGGUUUUGGCUGUGCUGACCAAUAACUGUGGUUCAGGUGUGGGUUUACAUGCUUCAUUACUCUAAAUCAAAAGCCCCUCACUUUGAGAGAGGAAAAGGAUCAGGGGCUCAGCUUGAGCUAUUAUGCCUCUUGUAUAUUAUCAGUGAUGAAUAAUGUCUCUUGUGGAACAAAGGGCGAAGAUCAAUUUUUGUGGGUUGCUGCCGUCACAGUUGAUGUAGUUGUCUGACAGCUGCAGCUGACAUUAAACGCUAAAUUUUGUCUGGACUUUGCGAUGUUGAUAAAUGAAGUAUUAACAGUCUUAAAGCUUUAUUUUAUUAUGUAUCAUUUUGUGUAAUAAUAUAACUUUCCUGCAUGUGUCUUUAUAGCUUCUGUCUAUGGCAGUGCCUUUUUUUUUUUUUUUUUUUUUGUAACUGUGAUACCAUGAGGGGAGGAAGCGUGGGAUUAUCCUGGAUUAUCUUUAGAAUGUAUGGAUUACCUCUAUAUCAAUUGUAAUCUUGUAUAUUGUAUAUGUCUAUCACUUUGUAUGAAAGGAUGCUGUUCAUUUGCUGCUUCAAAUAAAUAAUUUUCUCAAUAAUA